CAAGACUUGCAUAUCUCAGGCAAAACAUAAAUCCCGUAACUUGCAAUAUCUAAUGGCUUCUGUCCAGUUCCAGAAGCCCACCGAACAAGUUCAGCCCUCAACCAAUCACCAAAAAACGAGCACAACCGAAACAUGUUAUUGUAAGAACAAUAACAGUACUGUCAACCAUAACGAACAGCACUCUUUCAGUGACAAAGUGAAGGAGAUGGCUCAAUCGGCUCGAAAAAUGUUCAACCACCAAAACCCUGCUACUAACAAUAGCUCGACUGGUGGCGGUGUCAAGACGGAAACGAAGAAGAAGAAGGUAACUACGAAAAAGACAGAGGGGCAUGAUGGUCAUUGCAUGCCGAAGAUGCUCGACCAUAUCAAGAACAAGAAGACGAAGAAGAAUAAGGACAAGGACGAGUUUGACAGUGGAAGCAGCAGUGAUAGUGAGAAUGACAAGUACAAAAAGAAGAAUUAAGAGAAGAGUAUGUGGGAAUAAGAGAUGUUACUAAGUACUGAAUAAAUGAAAUAAAAGAGAAUUGUGUCGAUUUUCUGUGAUAAAUUAUGUAUCUAAAAAAAUAUAUAUUGUUCUAAUGAACAUAUGCAAGGUUUAUACUAUGCUA